AUGAUGGAAAUCAAUAUUGCAAGGUGUCAUCAUCUAGAAGCACGAGGGAUAUUCUUUUCCAACAUUUUGAGAACAAAAGGAAGGGAAAAUUCUCAUAAACUUCUGUGCAAUGUAGUGUCCCUGAAUUCAAGAUGGGACUUUCACAUAUUAGCUUCUUCCUGUCAAAUGUUUACCGCAGUGUAUCCAAGAAGACCAGUUUUCUGUAGAAUACAUUCUAUGGCAACUGGGCUAGAGAAAUCUGAAUCAUUACAAGGAGAUAAUCCUAACAAGGAUGUGGAUCCAUCUACAGACUCAGAAGACGAGAGAUUGUCACAGUCACUUACCAGUGAACAGAUAAAGGUAUUGCUUGCUGAUACUCAAAGAGCAAACCUCACUAAGAAGCUUAGUGAAGCCAACCAACAAAAUAGGUUCCUAAAAAGACAGUUGUAUAUAAAGGAGGAUGCAUUGGUAAAAUUUAAAAGUGAACUUGCUGUCCUAGAGCUUGAAGUUCAGGCUUUGGCCAGGCUAGCAGAAGAAAUAGCUAAAUCUGGUAUUCCAGAAGGUUCGAGGAAGAUCAAUGGAAAGUACAUUCAUACUCACCUUGUUGCUAGAUUAAAAGCUGUACACGAACAAUUAAACGAGCAAAUAAAGGAUGUUGAUGCGGCACAAUCGAAGGAGGUCUCUGUGUUUUGGGUCGGCAUGGCUGAGAGUGUACAAAUUAUGGGCAGCUUUGAUGGCUGGAGCCAAGGAGAGCACCUUUCACCAGAGUAUACAGGUUCUUUCACAAGGUUCUCAACAACAUUGAUGCUCAGGCCUGGAAGGUAUGAAGUCAAAUUCUUAGUAGAUGGUGAAUGGCACCUAUCAACAGAGUUACCUGUAACUGGUGAAGGGUUAACCAAAAAUAAUUUGCUAAUUGUUGAGUGA